AUGGUAUGUCAUUCUACUUUGGAAUUGUUUGAUCUUUCACUCGGAGUCAAUACAAUCGAUCUCGAUGUAAAAGAGAGGAAGGUGACUGUUGUUGGGACUGCAGAUCCUGCCAUUCUAAUAAAAAAGCUUCGUAAGGCUCGCAAAAUUGCAGAGUUGUUGGUUUCGAAGGAGAAUGCCGAGUCCAUAAAGGAGGGUGGUGGUGGUGAAGAUGGAGAGGAAUCCAAUGACCCGAAGAACAAGAACAAGAAGAAGAAUAACAAGAAGAAGAACAAGGAAGGAGACGCGAGUGAAGAGAAGAAAGACGGUGGCGGUGAGGGAGGGGGAGUUGAAGCACAGAACCGGCAAGCUCCAAUACAGCAGCCGAUGAUGAUCGACGGUGAAGUCGGUAACAUCGAAGCAUACAUGCUGCUGCCUCACCUCGUCGGCGAGCCAUUUUGGACUUUGUUCACCGACGACAACCCCAACAAGUGCUCAAUAAUGUGA